AUGUUCGACCCGCACGCCCAGGUGCAGCUCGUACGCCCAGCGGUGACAGCAGAGGACGCUGUCCGCGUCGCAGCCCAAGCGUACGGCCUCACCGGCACCGUCAAGGAGCUCGGCAGCAACCAAGACCGCAACUACCUCCUCACCCCGAUCCACAACAGCACUGAAAGCGAAAUCCGGGGCCAGCGGUACUUGCUCAAGUUUGACAAUGACGUCUUCUCCGAGCGCGAGAUUCAGAUCCAGAACGAAGCGCUCCUCCGGUUGGCAGAGCACGGGGUGAGCGUUCCCACACCCGUACGCGACAUGGCUGGCGAGUGGAUAAGCGCUGUCGACGUCGGCACCGACGGACGACGCGCACGGGCGCGACUGCUCACGUUUGUAGAGGGCACAAGUCUUGUGGAUGACGGAUACUUGUCACCGCACAUCGUGGCCGAGAUGGGCCGGCUGGCUGGCCAAGUCGUUGCCGAGCUCGCAAACCUCACAGACCCGGCACUGGAGCGCGACCUGCAGUGGGACAUGCGCAACGCCAUGGCCGUCGUGAACGCGUACAACCCCGAGGUCUCGGUGCACCGUCGCGAGCACAUCCGGUCCGCUGCCACAAGGGCAUGGGACGUGGUGCGGCAUUAUGGCGCCCGCCUCCCUGUCCAGCCCAUCCACGGCGACAUCACAGACGACAACAUCGUCGGACCGCGGGACGAGAUGGGCCGCGUCGUGCCGCAGGCGAUCAUCGACUGGGGGGACCUCGCGACUGGCUGGCGUGUGGCCGAGUUGGCCGUCACCGUCUCCAGCAUCUUGCACCACCAGGGCGGACGUGCCCUGGACGUGAUGCCGGCCAUCGCCGCGUUUGACGCCAUCGCCCAGCUGACCGACGCCGAAAUUAUUGUGCUCUGGCCGCUGGUCAUCCUCCGAGGAGCGGUCCUCGUCGUCUCAGGCGCGCACCAGGUGGCCCUCGAGCCUGAAAACGACUACGCUCGGGAACGCAUGGAGCACGAGUGGAACAUCUUCGCUACGGCAGACAGCCUCAACAUGGCCCUCGCGCAUGCGGCCAUUCGGGCUGCCACCGGACGCAUGGACGAGCCACCACCCAAACCAGAGCGUGUGCUGGUGCCGAAACUCGACUCUGAAGCUAUCCGCCUUGACGCGUCCAGCCCACACCUCCACUGCGGAGCAUGGGCAGAGAAGGGGAUCGAGGAACGACUUGCUGCUGCCGUGACGGCCCGGGGCAAGUCCGCGGUCUUUGCAUACGGCGAGCACCGGCUCACGCUUUCUCCCCCUGCGGGCUCCAAUCGUCCCAACAACACCGCUCUGACCACCGAACUCUUCCUCCCCAAGACUACCCAACUUGUAGUCCCCUUCCCGUGCUACGUCGACACACGCAACUCUACCACCCGCAACUCGAGCCUCAUCCUCGCGGGAACGUUUGGUGAGAUCCAGAUUGACGGCGACAUCGAGAGCAUGUCCGCGUUUGGCUCCGCCGUCGCUGGCGAAGAGCUGUGUACCGUCACUGCAAACUCGAGACUCACCAUCCAGUGGCGCCGCCCCGGUAUCUCGUAUGCACCCGAGUUUACCGACGCGGACGCGCUGCCCGCCUGGCGGCGACUCACGGUCGAUCCGGCCGUCCUGCUCGGCAUCGAGCCUGCACACUGGAUCGCCGACACUGCACGGGAGCGGGAAAGACGCACCGCGGCUAUGCCCACCGCCGCGGAACGAUACUAUGACGACCACGCGCCGCAGAUCGAGCGCGGGUGGCGUGACCUCCUCAUCGACACCAACGGCCGUGCAUACGUCGACAUGGUCAACAACGUCGCCAGCGUCGGCCACGCCCACCCUGUCCUCGCCAACGCCGUCAACCAGCAGAUGCUCACGCUCAACACCAACUCGCGGUUCCUCUACUCGGUGCUGGCAGAGUACAUUGAACGCCUGGUGGCCCUCGCUCCAGACCCAACGCUCAGUGUGGUCAUGCUCGUCAACUCUGGCUCCGAGGCGGUGGACCUCGCCAUGCACCUCGCAAAGGUGCACACGGGACGCAAGGACGUCGUCGUCCUGCGCGAGGGUUACCACGGGUGGACGAUGGCGACCGACGCCGUCAGCACCAGUGCGUUCGACAACCCCGCUGCGUCGGGGUCACGGCCAGCCUGGGUGCACGUCGCCGACGCGGUGAACACGUACCGCGGCCCCCACCGACGGUCCGACGCGGCCGACGCGUACGCAGCAGACGUAGUCACCCUCCUCGACGACCUCGACAGCAAGGGCACGCCCGCCGGCGCCUUUCUCUGCGAACCCGUGUUCGGCAACGGCGGCGGAAUCGUCUACCCGGCCGGAUACCUCCAGAAGGUGUACGCCGCUGUCCGCGAGCGUGGCGGCGUGUGUAUCGCCGACGAGGUGCAAGUCGGCCUCGGGCGUCUCGGCCACUAUACCUGGGGUGUGGAGCAGCAGGGCGUUGUCCCCGAUAUCAUGGCCGUCGCAAAGGCUCUCGGCGGCGGAUACCCCCUGGGCUGCGUGUACACGACUCCAGCAAUUGCCGCCUCGCUCGAGGGCGAGGGCAUGUUCUUCUCGUCUGCAGGCGGCAGUACCGCCUCUGCGGCUGCUGGGCUGGCCGUCCUGGAUAUCAUCCGAGACGAAGGGCUCCAGCAACACGCCGCCGCCGUGGGCGACCACCUCGCGUCACGCCUGGAGGCACUGCGCGAGCGCCACCUUUUAGUCGGCGCGAUACACGGCAUGGGCCUGUACCAGGGCGUCGAGCUGGUGUUGGAUCGCGACACGCGCGCGCCGGCCGUCAACGAGACGGCGUGGAUCUGCGACCGGAUGCUCGACCACGGCGUGAUUGUGCAGGCGACGAGUGAACGGCGGAACGUGCUCAAGGUCAAGCCGCCCCUGACGCUCACGACGGAGCAUGCGGAUGUGUUUGUGGACGCGCUGGAAAAAGUGUUGUACGAGGUAGAAGCUAGGUUUAAAUAG